UCCCGGGAACGGGGGAUGCCCGGAUGCACCGCUCCGCGGCGCUGAGCGCAGGGGCCGCAGUGGUGGCGGUUGCUGCGCUGGCCGCCGCUCUGCUCUUGCUACAAUGUGAGGUCUCGGGGCCUGGCGCCGGCUCCAGCAUGGGUGAGGCGGAGGCGCUGCCCAAGCUUCGAGGAGACUUCAGGAGGCUGAACAAAUCCGUUUUUAUUUUGGGCGCCAGUGGGGAAACCGGCAGAGUGCUCCUAAAAGAAAUACUGGAACAGGGCCUAUUUUCCAAAGUCACAGUCAUUGGCCGGAGGAAGCUGUCUUUUGAUGAGGAAGCUUAUAAAAAUGUGAAUCAAGAAGUGGUGGAUUUUGAAAAGCUGGAUGACUAUGCUUCUGCCUUUCAAGGUCAUGAUGUUGGAUUCUGUUGCCUGGGUACCACGAGAAAAAAAGCUGGGGCGGAGGGGUUUGUUCGUGUUGAUCGAGAUUAUGUCCUGAAAUCUGCAGAGCUGGCAAAAGCUGGAGGGUGCAAACAUUUCAACUUGCUGUCCUCCAAAGGAGCUGACAAGUCAAGCAGUAUUUUAUUUUUGCAAGUUAAGGGAGAAGUAGAAGACAGAGUGGAAGAAUUAAAAUUUGAUCGUUACUCCAUAUUUAGGCCUGGAUUUCUGUUAUGUGAUAGACAAGAAUCUCGUCCAGCUGAAUGGUUGCUGAGGAAAUUCUUUGGCUCCUUACCAGAAUCUUGGGCCAGCGGGCACUCUGUUCCAGUGGUGACUCUGGUUAGAGCGAUGUUGAGCAACACAGUGAGACCAAGUGACAGGAAGAAAGAACUGCUAGACAACAAAGCCAUCCAUGACCUGGGGAAAGUCGAUGGUUCUCUUAAGCCAUGAUCACACCUGAGAAAUGCUUUUUUAUAAAACCCAGCACCCACCUAAUCACUAAUUUGAGGGUCUAAAAAAAGAGUACUUUACCAUGAUUUCACCACUUUCAGCUGACCAGGUGCAAUUAAAAAAUGACCGUGUUCUGCAUCAGCAGUUCAGAGCCUGGCUGUACAUAUGUAUACAAUUGACCCGUGAACAACAUGGGUCUGAACUGUUCAGUUCCACUUACACUUGAAUAUUUUCAAUACUGUAAAUGUAUUUUCCAUUCCUUACAUUUUUCUUACUAAAUUUUCCUUACCUUUAUUGUAAGAAUACAGUAUAUAAUACAUAUAACAUACAAAAUGUUUAUUGCUGUUUAUGUCAUUGGGAAGACUCUGGUCAAUAAUAGGCUAUUAUUAGUACAGCUGGCUCUCUGCAUCCACCAAUUCCCAAUCUCAGAUCAAAAAUAUUAUUUUCAGUCCACAGUUGGUGUCAUCUGUGGGUGUAAAACCUGUGGCUCUGAGGUCAAAAGUUACAUGCAAAUUUUCAACUGCACUGGGGUGGCACCCCAACCACACGUUGUUCAAGGGUCAACUGUACGUCACCCAGGGAAAUUUUCAAACACAGAGCUUCGUGUUUGAAUUUGGGGGUAUGGGCACAGGAAUUGAUUGUUUUGUUUCAGCUUCCGCCGGAGACUCUGGUGCCACUGGUGGGAAGCCAGCGUUGAAAUGCUUGUCUGCAGAGUGACAGGAGCAGGGCAGACCUUCUGUAGCAGAUGAGAUCUGUUCUAAGACUGUUGACAUGUCUCCAAGUUACCCAGGGCUGACUGCAUAUAAUUGUUCAAGUGAACAUUGUGCCUUACUACUCUGUUAGAAUAUAUAAUAAUUGAGCUUAUAUAAUUCAUGGGAUAAUUAAAGAAAGGAAUAAAAAUAUAUAGACAACUCCUCAGUGCCUGUUAGACUGUUCCAAGUAUCAGUGGUAAAAUGCAAUAUUUUGGCCAAUAGGAUGAUAUAAAAGCAGUUAAUAUUUGUCAAGUGAUUGCUAAGUGCCAGCCUUCACACCUGCUAUCUGUCCUUUAACCACCUGCUCCCCCAAAUAAUCCUUAUAGAUGGUACUACUGUUACCAAACAAGGGUUCAUCGCCUACCACACAUAGAAGCCAAACUACAGCACUGGCUUUUGAGAAAAGAAAGGAGCUUUAUUUGCUUGUCAAGAAAACAGCAAGCAAAGUUUAAAUCUGGGUGGGGCUUUAAGGGGUAGUAGGGUUCACAAGUGUUACUGGUGUGUUGUGUUUCACAAGUAUUACUCAUAGGUGGUGUAUUCAAAGUUUAAACUUUGGUUCUGGGUCUUGUUAGAAACAGGGUAGGACCAGGUUCUGUGGUUACACUAUCAUCCUCAUAUUCUAGAUGGGGGAAACUGAGGCUCGCUGUAGUUAAGUGCCUUGUCAAGAGGCCAAAGCUAAAGACCUGAAGCUAGAAAAUGGCAGAGCCAUCAUUCUAACCCAAGUCAGCCUGAUGCCAUAACUUUGUAUUCUUAACCACUCUGCAAGAGUGUCCAGUAUCUGUAUGAUUCCAGGAAGUCCCACUUAAUCAGUACAUGCUGUGGAUGAAUUAAAUAGAAAUAUGUAGGUUUCUCCAUUGGCUUAGGAUCCCUAUAAUGAUUAACCACAGAAUGUUCACAUAGCCAGUAAAAGGACAUCUCAAAGUGCUGCAAUAUGAAAACUAUGGGAAAGGAAGAUGCAGAAGUCAAGAGGAGCCCACAGGAAUAACUUCCAUCAUGGAAGAAGGGAUGGUGGUGAAACUUUUUUUGUUUGUAUUGGUGGAAACAAAGUUAUUGGAGUUAUUCAGUCAACUUUUACAGGGUCUACAGUAUGCCAAGUACAUUUCAAACUUCAGUGGACACUGGAGGAUAAAGGCUACUGGGCUUUAGGUUGGAGAUGGGACAUAUUCCUCCUGCCAGGUGGGGUUCCUUUGGGGUUGGAUGCUGAAGAGCCUGUGUCUUUGGGUGAUAACAAGGAUGGGCUUUAAGAAGUGAGGUUUGAAAUAAUGGCAGCUAAACCCGGUGACCAGUGUUAUUUUCUGUAUAUUAUUUCCUUGCCCACAAAUCUUCUGUCAGGUCUUGUUCAACAUUCUAUUCUGGUCUUAAGAGUGAGUGGGAUGAUAGGGGAGGGUUUGUGCUCAUCUUUAAGGCAGAGAAAAAAUCUACUCUCUCCCAAGCCCACCAGUAUGGCAAAACAAGCUUUACGGGACAAGAUUCUGGCUCACUCACCCCUCUAAAAUGGAUGUUCCUUUUUUUACUGUUAACAUUGAAUUGGGUGUUACUGAGGCAUUUAGUGGAUUUCCCUUUAAAUGUUAUACUGACAGAAGAUGGGCCUUGCUUGAGUUUUAUUGGAAGGAUGAAUAAAAUUUGGAUGGUUCUCAGUAAUGAAA